UCUAGUCUCAAACUACUCGUACCUUACCAUAACUCGCAAUGACUGUUCUCUCUAAAUUUGCAGAAGGAUCUUCGUCUCCUUCAUCUACUAAUCGUCAUAAACAUGACGUAUUUUUAAGUUUUCGAGGUGUUGAUACUCGUAAUAAUUUCACCGAUCAUCUCCAUAAAGCCCUCCUGGAUGCCAAUAUCUCUACCUUUUUGGAUGAUGAUGAAAUUGAAGCCGGAGGAGAUCUCAAACCGGAAUUGGAGAGUGCCAUUAAAGAAUCUAGAGCUUCUAUUAUCAUUUUGUCCAAGAAUUAUGCGAAUUCAUCAUGGUGCCUUGAUGAAUUGGUACUCAUCCUUGAGCAACGUAUGACAUCCAACCAAAUUGUUAUCCCCAUUUUUUUUCAUGUCGAGCCCAGCGAUAUUAGGAAGCAAGAAAGUAACUUUGCACUUUCAAUGGCUGAGCACAAAGAGAAGAUGGAGGCAGAAAAAAAUGCAUCUAAAAAACGUCAGUUGGCUCAAAAGAUUGACCGAUGGAUUAAAGCACUUACUGAAGUUGCUAAUUUAAAAGGGAUGCACGCAAAAGGAAGGCGGGAGACGAAGUUCAUUGCAGAAAUUGUCGAGGACAUCUACCGUAAAUUACAUUUGCUUCAAGAGAUGGGAAGAUUCAUCGUACGUGAAGAAUCACUUGACAAGCCAUCAGAGCAAAGUCGAUUGUGGUGUCAUGAGGAUUCAUCCAGAGUGCUGAAGCAAAAAAAGGGUACAGAAAAUACUCAAGGACUCACCCUUGACACGAGAAUGCUUAAGAAUAAAAGAGAACGACCCUUGAAGAGGCAAAAGUUGAGUGGAUCGUGCUCAAAAGACAAAAUAUUGCUUGGAUCAUUAAAGAUUCUUAAUUUAAGUUUCUGUAAAGAGCUUCAUAGUAUUUGUGGCUUUGAUGGACUACCAGCACUUGAGAGGUUAAUAGCUACAAACUGUAGUGGUUUGCUUGAGGCGACAUGCUUGUCAUUCAUCGUGAGUGACGUCAAUGCAAGUGGGUCUUUGUUCUGGCGUCCACAUUCCUCCACUACCUGUCUACCCACCACUGGCUUCCCCAGUCAAAUUCCAUGGGCAUCCCUCCCACCUGGGCAGACGCAUGUGGGGUCUCGUUACGAGUUCACACUUAUUGGAGUAAACAUGAUGGACUUCUACAAUAGUAUUGAUGACUUAGCACCAGCUGGAGAACCAACAAGUGACGAGCCAUAUUAG